AUGCGAAUCCGGAGACGAGAGGACGGACGUAGCAUUGAAGCUCUUUCUGGUAUCGGCAAUAUUGACCCGGACUUCAAAGUGUAAUUGAAAGUUCCCAAGAGCGGAAUUUGAGCUUUGAACUGAUAAGAGCUGGAGACCAUGGUCGAAUAGUCCCGGAAUCCACGGGAAAGAUUCUAGAAUGUCCCACUGAAAUCAGGUUGGGAAGGCUAACCCGGUAUCUUGAAUCCUAAGAGUGACAGGUCCACGAGAAAUAGGUCCGGGAUUGUGACUGACUUCAAGGCAUUUAUGAUCGAUUCUCCAACCGUCAUUAUUCCCAGGGGACGAUAUGACAGACAUCGACUUACCUGGGAAGAGGCAGAGGAAUGCGGACGUCCUUCACCGUCAGAAUUCGAGAUGGUUGCGGGAAAAGGACAUCAAAAUGUGAUUCGACAUGCAGUUGCAGAAAUCACAAUAUCGAUAUUUGCAUAUGCACUGCACAGCAUAUGA